UGGGUCUCCGGGGAUCCUCGCCCAGGAAAGGCGCGGCAGCGGGCCGAGGGUGUUACAGAGUUGGGUGCAAGAUUCGCCUUUCCUGCUCAUCUCUUCUCCGCCCAGGAUUUAUUGUCUGUGGAGCCUUCUGGGGGUGGGGAGGGAGCUGCGCCUCCGCCACCGCCGCCGCCGCCGCCGCUGCUGCGGUCGCUAGCGCGGCGCGCUGGGCAGGCGGAAGCUGGGGAGUGGAUGCGCUCCUGCCUCCCCCGCCAGCGCUUCGGGUUUCCCCUCGGCAGCUUCCCGCCGGAACCUCUCCAGCCGUCCACCUGAAGGACACCGGCACCAUGGUCUAACGUGGCCCCUGCCUGGAAUCCCCUCAUUCGCCUCCUCUUCUUCUUCGCCCCUCCUCUCCUCCGAGGACCCUCGUGCUCACUCCACUGCGGACCCCCGAACACUUUAAGGAAUAACCCUUGGCAGCUGCACGAUUCACUCUCUCCAGAACCUCAUGGGCAGUUUCUCUCGCCGGUGAUGAUGGAGAACCUAAUAAGGGGAAGGAAUCCCCCCCAAUAUCAGAGAAGUCCUUGUAAAGAAGUCCGUGCAGCACUUCGGAAGAGGCCCGAAGAGGAGUUGCAGUGCCUGGAGAUGACCACCAAGCGGAAAAUCAUCGGCCGUCUGGUGCCGUGCCGAUGUUUCCGAGGUGAAGAAGAAAUCAUCUCGGUGUUAGAUUAUUCCCACUGCAGCCUUCAGCAGGUGCCAAAGGAGGUCUUUAACUUUGAACGGACUUUAGAAGAGCUUUACCUAGAUGCCAAUCAAAUUGAAGAGCUACCAAAGCAAUUGUUCAACUGUCAAGCUCUAAGAAAACUAAGUAUUCCUGAUAACGACCUUUCAAAUCUGCCGACCACCAUUGCUAGUUUAGUUAACCUUAAAGAACUCGACAUCAGUAAAAAUGGUGUACAAGAAUUCCCAGAAAACAUAAAGUGCUGUAAAUGUUUAACAAUUAUUGAAGCCAGUGUCAAUCCAAUUUCUAAACUCCCUGAUGGCUUCACGCAGCUUCUAAACCUGACCCAGCUCUACCUGAAUGACGCCUUUCUUGAAUUUCUUCCAGCCAAUUUUGGAAGACUUGCCAAAUUGCGGAUAUUGGAGUUAAGAGAAAAUCAUUUGAAAACUCUACCAAAGUCAAUGCACAAACUGGGCCAGUUGGAAAGACUUGACCUAGGCAAUAAUGAAUUCAGUGAGCUGCCUGAAGUUCUGGAUCAAAUACAAAAUUUAAGGGAGUUGUGGAUGGAUAACAAUGCAUUGCAAGUGCUGCCUGGGUCUAUAGGGAAGUUAAAGAUGUUGGUAUACCUGGAUAUGUCAAAAAACAGAAUAGAAACAGUUGACAUGGACAUUUCUGGAUGUGAAGCCCUGGAGGACCUCUUACUGUCAUCCAAUAUGUUGCAACAGUUGCCUGACUCUAUAGGAUUGUUGAAAAAACUAACUACUCUAAAAGUAGAUGACAAUCAACUUACAAUGCUACCCAAUACAAUCGGAAAUUUAUCUUUAUUAGAAGAAUUUGACUGUAGCUGUAAUGAACUGGAAUCUCUACCUUCUACUAUUGGCUACCUUCACAGUCUUCGAACAUUAGCAGUUGAUGAGAACUUCCUUCCAGAAUUACCCAGAGAAAUUGGAAGCUGUAAGAAUGUAACAGUUAUGUCUCUACGCUCCAAUAAACUGGAAUUUCUUCCUGAAGAGAUUGGACAGAUGCAGAAACUAAGAGUCUUAAAUUUGAGUGACAACAGAUUGAAGAAUUUACCAUUUUCAUUUACCAAACUUAAGGAGCUUGCAGCUUUGUGGCUUUCUGACAAUCAGUCCAAAGCCCUUAUCCCUUUACAGACUGAAGCCCAUCCAGAAACAAAGCAAAGAGUGUUGACUAACUACAUGUUUCCCCAGCAACCUCGUGGUGAUGAAGAUUUCCAGUCAGACAGUGACAGCUUUAACCCUACCCUGUGGGAAGAACAGAGACAACAACGCAUGACUGUCGCCUUUGAAUUUGAAGAUAAAAAGGAAGACGACGAAAAUGCUGGGAAAGUUAAGGAUCACUCCUGCCAAGCCCCCUGGGAAAGGGGCCAGCGUGGGAUUACUCUCCAACCUGCCAGACUGUCUGGCGAUUGCUGCACACCAUGGGCCAGGUGUGAUCAGCAGAUCCAAGAUAUGCCCGUCCCCCAGAAUGACCCACAGCUGGCAUGGGGUUGUAUAAGUGGCCUCCAGCAGGAGAGGAGCAUGUGUACUCCAUUGCCAGUUGCAGCACAAUCCACCACUCUUCCCUCUCUAAGUGGCAGACAGGUUGAAAUAAACCUAAAACGAUAUCCAACUCCUUAUCCAGAGGAUUUAAAGAAUAUGGUAAAAUCUGUUCAAAAUCUGGUGGGUAAACCAAGCCAUGGAGUGCGUGUUGAGAGUUCAAAUCCAACUGCUAACACGGAGCAAACUGUGAAAGAAAAAUAUGAACACAAGUGGCCUGUAGCCCCAAAGGAGAUUACAGUGGAGGAUUCUUUUGUUCAUCCAGCUAAUGAAAUGAGGAUUGGGGAACUUCACCCUUCAUUAGCUGAGACCCCUCUCUACCCACCCAAACUUGUUCUGCUAGGGAAGGACAAAAAAGAAUCAACUGAUGAGUCUGAAGUUGACAAAACUCACUGUCUGAAUAACAGUGUUUCCUCAGGCACUUACUCAGACUACUCACCUUCCCAGGCUUCCUCAGGAUCCUCUAACACCCGGGUUAAAGUGGGGUCCUUGCAGACAACAGCUAAAGAUGCAGUACAUAAUUCUUUGUGGGGUAACAGGAUUGCACAAUCUUUCCCACAGCCUCUUGAUGCAAAGCCAUUACUCAGCCAGCGGGAGGCUGUCCCCCCAGGGAAUCUACCACAGCGUCCUGACCGGCUGCCAAUGAGUGAUGCUUUCGCUGACAACUGGACUGAUGGCUCACAUUAUGAUAACACAGGGUUUGUGGCAGAGGAGACCACAGGCGAGAAUGCCAACAGUAAUCCUCUCCUAAGUUCAAAAUCUAGAAGCACAUCUUCUCACGCGAGGCCUUUGAUUAGGCAGGAUAGGAUUGUUGGCGUUCCCCUGGAACUUGAGCAAUCUACACACAGACACACACCCGAAACAGAAGUGCCUCCUUCCAAUCCUUGGCAGAAUUGGACCAGAACCCCUAGUCCUUUCGAAGACAGGACUGCUUUCCCUUCCAAAUUAGAGACAACCCCUACCACCAGCCCAUUGCCUGAAAGGAAAGAACAUAUAAAAGAACCUGCUGAAAUACCUAGUCCUUUUUCUCCAGGAGUACCAUGGGAGUAUCACGAUACUAACCCCAACAGGAGUCUCAGUAAUGUCUUUUCUCAAAUCCACUGCCGCCCAGAAUCUUCUAAAGGUGUUAUUUCCAUUAGCAAAAGCACAGAGAGGCUUUCCCCGCUAAUGAAAGAUAUCAAGUCCAAUAAGUUCAAAAAGUCACAGAGUAUCGAUGAGAUUGACAUUGGUACCUACAAGGUUUAUAAUAUACCAUUAGAAAACUAUGCUUCUGGGAGUGAUCCCUUAGGAAGUCACGAACGCCCCGAUAAAAUGUUGGGACCAGAGCAUGGUAUGUCCAGCAUGUCUCGAAGCCAGUCAGUCCCAAUGCUGGACGACGAGAUGCUCACUUACGGAAGUAGUAAAGGGCCACAGCAACAGAAAGCCUCCAUGACGAAAAAAGUCUAUCAAUUUGACCAAAGCUUCAAUCCCCAAGGAGCAGUGGAAGUCAAAGCCGAAAAGAGGAUACCACCCCCUUUUCAACACAAUUCUGAGUACGUGCAACAGCCCGGCAAAACCAUCGCCAAGGAUUUGGUUAGUCCCAGAGCUUACAGAGGAUACCCACCCAUGGAGCAAAUGUUUUCCUUUUCUCAGCCAUCGGUUAAUGAGGAUGCUGUGGUCAAUGCCCAGUUUGCGAGCCAAGGCGCCAGGGCUGGCUUCUUGAGACGAGCUGACUCCCUGGCGAGUUCCACAGAAAUGGCCAUGUUUAGAAGGGUCAGUGAACCUCAUGAGCUGCCUCCGAGUGAUAGGUACGGCCGGCCUCCGUACAGGGGAGGUAUGGAUCGCCAAAGCAGCGUUUCAGUGACUGAGUCCCAGUUCCUGAAAAGGAAUGGCAGGUAUGAAGAUGAACACCCUUCAUAUCAAGAAGUGAAAGCUCAGGCGGGAAGUUUUCCAGUUAAAAACCUUACCCAAAGAAGGCCAUUGUCGGCAAGAAGCUACAGUACAGAGAGUUACGGUGCCUCCCAGACCAGGCCAGUUUCAGCUAGGCCUACUAUGGCAGCUCUUUUGGAAAAAAUACCAUCUGACUAUAACUUGGGUAACUAUGGUGACAAGCCAUCAGAUAACAGUGAUAUAAAGACGAGGCCUACUCCAGUGAAGGGAGAGGAGAGCUGUGGUAAAAUGCCUGCAGACUGGAGACAACAGCUGCUUAGACAUAUAGAAGCUAGAAGGUUAGACAGGAAUGCUGCUUACAAACACAACACAGUUAACCUUGGCAUGCUGCCCUAUGGAGGUAUUUCAGCAAUGCAUGCAGGCAGAAGCAUGACUUUAAACUUGCAGACUAAGUCUAAAUUUGAUCUACAAGAACUACCUCUUCAGAAAACCCCGUCCCAGCAAAGCAACAUUUUAGACAAUGGACAAGAAGAUGUAUCUCCUAGUGGCCAAUGGAAUCCUUAUCCUCUUGGGAGGCGGGAUGUACCUCCGGACACCAUUACUAAAAAGGCAGGCAGCCACAUCCAGACCUUGAUGGGGUCCCAAAGCCUUCAGCAUCGUAGCCGGGAGCAGCAGCCAUAUGAGGGAAACAUAAACAAAGUGACCAUCCAGCAAUUUCAGUCACCAUUGCCUAUUCAGAUCCCCUCUUCACAGGCCACCCGGGGACCUCAGCCUGGACGGUGCUUAAUUCAAACUAAAGGGCAAAGGAGUAUGGAUGGAUAUCCAGAGCAGUUUUGUGUGAGAAUAGAGAAGAAUCCUGGCCUUGGAUUUAGUAUCAGUGGUGGAAUUAGCGGACAAGGAAAUCCUUUUAAGCCUUCUGACAAGGGUAUCUUUGUUACUAGGGUUCAGCCUGAUGGACCAGCAUCCAACCUGCUGCAGCCUGGUGAUAAAAUCCUUCAGGCAAACGGACAUAGUUUUGUACAUAUGGAACAUGAAAAAGCUGUAUUACUACUGAAGAGUUUCCAGAACACAGUAGACCUAGUUAUUCAACGUGAGCUUACUGUCUAAAUAUUUUUUAUAAAUAGUGAAGAUACGUCUAGCCAGACCUAAUGUUCAAAAAUAAAUUUAUACAUAGAAACAAACUUUGCCAAUUGCUGGACCAAUGGCAAACAUUAGUGCCAAAUGUAUAAUACUACAUGUUAGCAUUGAUCAUCCUUAAAAAUGUUAACUAUAUAAAUAUGAUGUUCAUGUGGUUAUGUAUUAGUUUUAACUGUCAGCCUCUGGCUGUGCAUUGGUGCAGUUUUGUUUUUGUUCUUGUUUUUUUUUUUAAUCAAAUAAGUUUCUUCUCGAAGUGGAUUUCAUAUAAUUUCAGAGCACGGAAGCACACACAAGCUCUUUACGAAUUCUGCUCUCCAUCAGAAACACUGCCUCAAAGUUGUAUAUGCCUUUAUAUAGAAAAUACAAAUAUAAAGAAUUGUAAUUCCCAUAAAAUAUUUCUAGCACAAGGUAUAUGUUGGCCUAUAUACAAAAAGAAUAUAGAGAAAAAAAACAAUAUUUUCAUAAACUAAACAUCUCGGAUUGAGAAAGAAAAUAUAUCUUAAAAUAAGACUUUACUAUAUUGAAUCUUUUUUCAAUAAAAAUUACAUGAUAAUGCCUUAUGAAAGUAACUGUACAUAUGGUAUAAAGUGUUUAUAUUUGGUUCCAUAUUCAUUUGCUAAAUUCUCAUAACACAGAGUGAAAUAUUUCAUAAAUUAGCCAUUUAUCUCUGGGACCCAAAUAAAAAUAGGACAAACUAAUUUGUUCAAUGCCUUCAGCUAAUUACAAUACAUGCAGAGUUAAGAAACAGACUAAAGGUCAUUAUAGAUAAAUCUUUUUCACCACAAAUUUAAGCAGUGAAUGAUGGGUGGCAGGAAAGGUGUUGCUUUAUUUCUUUCAAGUCUAUGUUGAUUAUAAACUGUAGCCUCUGUGAUUUCUUUACUUGUAAAUGUGGAAUUUCUUUGUGUGUUGCUUUAUCCAAUUUGCUACUUUUAAAUCAUUUAAAAUGAGUUUGGGGUAUUGAUAAAAUUUAUCAUUAAGAAAGACUAUUGUUAGAAAGUUAUAGUGGGUGAUAAAAUAAACUUUGGUAUUUAAAUAUGAAACUUCAAAUAUAAUUUCUCAGAGCCAUGGUCUACCUGUGUUAUUAAUUUGAGUGCCUGUUUUUGAAGGCAGAAAUGGAGAAAAUACUUUUUUACCCAAAAGUUUCAAAGUGUAUAAAAUCUCAAAUUCUGUCUCACCAAAAACAAAGACAAGCAUAUUUAGUACAUUAUUAGUUAUUUUUACAUUGGAACUGUUUUCCUCUAUAAAUGAUUAAAAAGUCACUUUAUAAUCCUUUAAAAAUAUUUCUUUUAUAUAUUUGUCAUUAAUUUGAUUAAAAUAUUAAUUUGAAAUUCCAGAAUAAUUUCCCAGAGUGGGUUAUAGGCAACCUCUCUCAUAUUUUCACAUAGCUCUUUUUUUAAAAAAAAUAUAUAUAUAAUGAAUUUCCUUUACUUGCUAGUGUUCCAAGUAUUUUGUUAAGAUUUUCACAAUACUGUCAUAUAUUAAUAUCACCAAAGCUCUGAGAGUAAUAUUUGUAAGUUAACUGUUUUAUGGGGAUAUUGAAAAUAUUGUAUUUUUGUAGGGUCUAUUAAAAUGAGUGUCACUUAUUAGAAGUACAGUGGUAUUUUUUUGGCAAUAGAAUUUGUCACUUGAAGGCAAAUGAUACUUCACUUUAUAAAUGAUGCACUAAUUUUGAUGUUGCUUUAUGUCAGGGUAACAUUAUAUUAUGAUUUUAUAGGCUUUGACAUUCAGCAAAUGAUUAAAUGUUUAACCAGUAUGCUUCCCAGAAGUAACUUUUAAAUGCAUUUUAAUAUAUGGACAAUUUCUGAUGAGAAAUGUCUUUCAGAGCCUAAUUUUUUUCUUUGUCAAAAACUCACACCAAGCCACCCUAUUCAGCCACUGUUAUAGGAGGAUCAUCAUUAAAUUAAGAGAGAGGCCCUUACUGGCCCCGCAGGAUCACUUAAAGGAAAAACAAACUCAUGGGUAUAGUUUGGUGGCAAUGAAGCACUUCAAAUCAUCCCAUUAGUUUUAUUUAAUAUUUUAUGGGCAAGGUGGGAGAAAAGCCAGAGAAGGGACUUUCCAAGUCUUUUUCUUAUGUCAGAUUCCCACAUCAAACCCAGGGCUUCAGGAGAAGUUUCUGAGGCCAAGCUGAAAGGAUCCUGAUCCUAGUAAACUCCUCUACCACUCCUGAUGUGUCAGCAUUGUCUUGGGCCAUGCUUUAAUCCUUCCUGUUUUCAGGAAAUGAGGAAAAGAGAAAAGGGAUCCCUGACCAACUGGAAAAGAAAUCUGAUGUGCCAAAGCACCUCAUUGUCAAUGGUACUGCCAUGCUGCAUGCUGAAAAAAAGGCAGGUAAUAAUGAAAAGAGGCAUUUUUUUUUUUUUUUUUUUAGGUUGACUGAAAAAAAAAAAUCACUAACCAGUUAAAGGGGGAAGAAAAAAUCUAAUCAAUUCCAUGAGUGCCCAAAACCAGUAGCACACUGAUUGUUGAGUAUUGGCUUUUUUGGAACAACUGGUUUUGAUGCCUGAAAUUAGAAUCUGGUUUAUGUUCACAAAAAACAAACAAUAGUUAAGGAUGUAUGCCUUUAAGAAAGAAAGAAAGAAAGAAAGAAAGAAAGAAAGAAAGAAAGAAAGAAAGAAAGAAAGAAAGAAAGAAAGAAAGAAAGGAGAAAAGAAAGAAAAUCAACGGCCACAAAAAAAAAAAAAAAAAAAGAGUGGAAUUCAUUCUGACGCCAAUUGACCUACCUUGGUCUUUGAUUUGUACUGGGAUCUUUCUGCUGAGGAAGCUGUCUCUACCUGA